AGGUUAUUGUUGUCAGGUCGUCCCAAGCUUAGAGCUCUACUUAAUGAUGAUGUGUUGCAUUUCUAAUCAGGCAUUGGUUUAGAGGGCAACUCGGCUUUCGGAAGUGUAGCAAAGACUUUCUGCCAGAAGUGCUUGAAGGACUGACAAUUUAUUGCUUGUUUAUCUCGCAGUAUAUUAUUGUUUGCCUUCGUUUUCUUUAAUCUGCAAUAGAAAAUGAAUAUUGAUUCGACCGGUUUUUAAUGUACCUAUUUUAACUAAAAGUAUGUCUGCUAAAAGCGUGCGCCGCUACAUCACGACGCUAUUCUACCUCGUGUACGCAAUCAUCGGUAAUGUUCUAUUAACUCUUUUCGUAAUGGUCUUCAAGACUGUCCCAAGCUUCAUCUUCGAUAAGUACAUGAAAAAGAUGGACUUGAGAGAAGACCAGAAACACAUGGCUUUCGUAAAGGAUUACGUUGUUAGUUCAAGUACUUUCUGGAGCAGGACUAAAUUUAUCAUCAGGAGUGCCUGGAAUGAACUCAUGAUGACGGCCGAGGAGAACGAGAAGGCUCCCAACACCAGGGUCAUCAGGAUGAGCGACCGGAAGGAAGCCAGGCUGCUGGACUUCGCCAAAGCCGGGCGGCCGCUCGUCAUCAAUUUCGGAUCCUGCACCUGACCCCCGUUCAUGGCCAACCUCGAGAGGUUCCGAAAGACUUCGGAAGAAUUCUCGGAGGUGGCAGAUUUCGUCAUGAUCUACAUUGCCGAGGCUCAUCCCACUGAUGGCUGGGCCAUUAUUGGCAAUAUUGAAGUUUCUAAUCACAAAAACUUGGAUGAGAGAUUCGAAGCCGCUCAGCGGAUGAUUGACCUGGAGCCCCAGACGUGCCCGGUGCUGAUCGAUCCUUUAACCGACGAGACCAGCAAGGCCUACUCAGGUUUGCCAGAGAGGCUCUACAUCAUCCUUGAUGGCGUCAUCGUCUACAAGGGCGGCCAAGGACCCUUCGGUUACAAGGUGAGACAGACAGGCUGCCAUUCUAAGAACUUCAGUUCUGCCCAGCAGUAGUGUGACUGUGAAAUU